UCCAGCUGGACAACUGUGGAGCUGCGACGCAACCACACGCACUGUAUAGUCGGACUGGUGAUCAGAUGCGGAGAAACUUUUUUUUUGGGUGAUAAAUGUUUUUGCCUCCACUAUUGAUCAAUAGCCUAUAUAACUGCGAUCCGAAAAAAUAAAUGGGACUACAAAAAUCGCGAGAAUUUGAAUCGCUCCAGCUGCGCGCACGGUUCAGUUUUAGCCAACUUUGUGCAGUAGUCCAUCCGAUCUGCCUCAGUCCGUGCAGAGGAGGCGGCUGGAUGUGGCAGGAGACGGGUCACUGAAACUGCGAGUUUCCCCCCCAGUCCUCCAACUCUCCUCCAAUGUCACCGGACAGGAUGAUGCUCAUUGGACUCCUGCUCAAUGUCUUCUCUCAUGGUAGUGUGCCAGUGUCUGCAUCCUUUGACUGUCUGGUGGCGGAGCAGGACUGCAUCCAGGAGCAGUCCUGCAUCCAGGAGCAGUCCUGCAUGGUGCUCUAUCGACUGCUGGAGUACUGUGCGGCUGAGGAGGCCGUGUCGCCCCUCGGCCCAGACGCCCGCCUGGAGUGCCUGGAGGCCCAGAACUCCUUGCAGCAUUACCGCCCCCUUCAAGUUUGCAAGUGUCAGCGUGGCUCUCGCAGAGAGGAACACUGCCUCAGGGUCUACUGGACUGUGAGAUUUGCAGCAUAUGAUGAGUAUGAAGUGUCUCCAUAUGAAGAACUGGAGUUAAAUCUGGUGAGAAACAUUGAGAUGUCACGUAUGGCCUCCAUCAUGGCAGCUUCCUCUCUUUCCGUGGACGGCCAAAACCAGUGUCUGAAGGCAGCGCAGGACUGUGGCCUGUAUGAGAAAUGUGGCUCCCUGCGGUCAGAAUAUGUUGUAGCUUGCACCAAGCGAGCAACAGUGUCUGACAACAGCUGUAACCGCCAGAAAUGCCACAAAGCCCUGCGGCGCUUCCUGGAGCGCGUGCCAGAGGAGUACAGCUUCGCCCUACUCUUCUGUCCCUGUUCUGACACUCUGUGUGGGGAGCGCCGGAGGAAAACCAUCGUCCCGUCAUGUUCCUAUGAGGAGAACGGGAGAGGGGAGGAAAGAGUGGGCAAGCCCAACUGCCUCAGCCUGCAGAACUAUUGCUCCAGAGACGAGCUGUGUAGAUCCCGGUUCGCUGAUUUCCAACACAACUGCCAGCCCUCCCCUCUAUCUGCCACUGGCUGUAUGCGAGACAGCAGAGCCAUGUGCCUGAAGGCCUACGCUGGACUCAUAGGCACCAUCAUGACUCCCAACUAUGUGAGCAACAGCAGCACAGAAGUAUCCCAGUGGUGCACAUGUGAUGGUAGCGGGAACGAAUGGCAGGGCUGUCAGCGCAUCCUGCACUUGUUCAACAACAAUAUAUGCCUGCGCAAUGGCAUCAGCUCCAUGGGAAUCUCCGCACCUCCUCCUGUGGAAAACACUCCGGUGCCAGCUUCACAGCCCUCCCCGCGCAUCUACCAGGAGAGGGUCCACGUCAGUGUUAACACUCUCCCUGAAUUCAACAGUAUGGAGGACAGCGAGGAAGAAGAGAGGGAGGAUGAAGAAAGCGAGGAAUUCAACAUCAUCCCACCUUACUCUGAGAAGGACUCUAACACUGAAUCGGGGGCUAGAGGGAGUAAACGUGGAGCAGCUAGCCGAGCGCUGCCCGUGUUAACAUUACUGCUGCUGCCUACGCUCAUCCUGGACUUGGAGUGUUGGAGCUACUGAAGCCUCCAUCUCAUUUCUCCGCUCAGAUUUUACACUCGCUACCACUUUCAAAUCCAUCACCGCACUUGGAAUGAGCCACAGAGGACAUUUGCGAGGAAGAAAUGCUGCAUUUCUUUCUUUCUUUUUUUUCCAUUUUUAAAACACCCCGACUUUAUAUUAUUAUUCUGUUUCUGCUAUCACUGCCUCCUCAAGAGUUAAAAGAUAUCAGUAGUCCUGCAGUAUCUGCCACGUCUUCGCUCGAGUCCUCUCCUAUGAAACGCAGCGAACAACGUGAGCAGAUAUACGAGUGCACGGGUGAAUUUAGAAAUGCUGUCUGGGCAAAUACUCUAUCUGGAGUCUGCUUUACACUCAAAGUACAUCCCCUCUUUUAACAAGAAGCACAUCGCCCAAGGCCACAUCCACUAUACACACUCCCAAAAAACCAUAACCAGCCUGCCCCUCUGCAACCAGGCAGGAGCACGGCUUUUGAUUUCUAUUUCAUGACUCAUGUCACAUCCGUUUCUUUGUCGGCCCCUUUGGCUCUUCCUCUCCCCGCUUCAUGCUAUGGUUGAGUAAGGUAAUCCACUUUACAACAAGCUAAUCAGAAACCGCACCACACUUAAACUGCUUUGUACCAUUGAAGGAGAAAAAACUUUUUGAAAAGUGCAGCGUUUAAAAAGAGAUAAGACACGAACCGAAUGUGUUGUCGCAUUAUGUAUGACACAUCUUAUGCCUUUGUGCAGAGUGCAACAGUCGCUCUGCUCUGCUUCUUUUGUUAACAUGCCACUUAGUAUUAUUCCUACCAGGGCGAGCGACUGAGAAUUCAACCAUGGGCAAAAGUAAUGAGAUCAAAUUCUAUUGUAGAAAUGACGAGCAUGAGAAAAGCGACAUGAGCAAUUACAGCACAAUUCAAAUUGCUCAGCAUGCAGGGAAAGUCUGGAGUAAGGCUCAGGGGAGGAAAUAGCCAAUUUGCUGCUGUCACACCCUCUCACCUUUUUCUUCUUCCUUGGGAGGUGUGUUUUUAGUGCUCCUUGCCCAUCGUGUGCUUUAGAUGUUGUGAGAGCAGGAUGCGGAGAAAGGGAUGGACACAUGAGGCUGUAAAGCCUGCUGGCUGCUCCCAUCAUUGAGCAGCACAUUGAGCCAUUCUCCCUCUGCCUGAAAUAGCUUUUGCUGAUGUUAAUGAUUUUUUUUUCUCUUAUGGCCCAUUUUCUUGUGAAAUUACGCAGCUGCAGGGAUGUAGGUAAAGAAAAGUAUAGUGAAGUUUUUGUAGCGGGAUAGACUCUUCUAAUUUGAGGAUGAGUUUGCAAGAAAUAACCUGCCUGAGCUCUGUAAGAAAAAUUUCUUGUAUCGCUUCAUGUUGUCUCUAAUGAUGCAAACUACCAUCAAAUCAUUGUGGUUAUACAUUUAUUUCGUUCAUUAAAACGGACACAUCAAAAAAAAAACAUUCUUGGAUGUCACUUGAGGAGGCAGUAUGGCCCCACUACUGGACUUGUUUACAUGAUGGUUUAUUGACAUGAAGACUGAACUUUUACGGUAUAAAGGCAGGAACGCACUGGAAGUGUAUGAGCUAUGCUUUUGCAAAUGCAGUUCUGUAACCACUUCAAAGUUGGGUUUGAUUUUUAGAAGUCAAAGUAGAACUUCAAUGGACGUUUUAAGGUUAGUAGAUCUGUAGUGGCUGUUACCCACCUUGGGGCAAAAUGACAUCAUGCAGGUUUUGUUGAGAGUUUGGCUACAGGAAGCUAAGAAGUGGAAGAGGAAAAGGCCAGUUAAAAGCUCUGAAGUGUGACUGCAGGCUUAGUGGGCACAGAAAAUAUUGGGACAGAAUAUUUGAAAUAGAAAUUCAGGUUGGACAACCAGCUGGUAUCCACAUAUAUGAACCAGACCAUAGAAGAGACAUGUUGAUGGAUAAACAUGCUAAAUAAACAGUGCAGUGUCAAUGAUGCUUCUCAUUCAUAAAGCAUCAAAUGAACAGCUUCUAGCAACAAGUGUCAAUUGCAUCCAGUAUGCUCUGGCCUUAAUGACGGAAUUUGAGUUUACAUGUAUUUUCACAUUUCAAUAGGUUUGUUUAUAUUUGUAAACUAUGUAAAGUAAACAUGUGCAUUAUAAACAUGGCUUGUAUUUUUUGAUGAGUUAAAAUUAAAAGCUUAUUCUCCAUCCAUAAAGCAAAAUUCUGUAAGAAAAUAUGUGAAUAAUCCCCAAAUUAGACAAUUUUUAGACUGUAUCUUGAACAUCCACCUGAGAGACUAUGUACAGUACUAUGUUUCACAUGCUAACCUUCUUUUAAAGACAUAUCAAACAUGCCAAAUAAUUCUGACUGUAAUGUGUUAUAACUGUGUGAUUUUGUGACAGAACAGUGUGCCGAUUUGGUAGAAGAAGAAUAAAAGUCACAUUGGAAAUUU